AGCGAUGUCUCAGUAUUGCGCAUGCGCAUUUGUUGACAUACCGGCGACGGCAGUUCGACGGUGGCCUAGCGAAUACAGGGGAUUACGAGCCCAAUCUGACAGGGUGCACCAUGAGUCAGGGUAAGGACAAUGCAAGACUCAAAAGCUACAAGAACAAGUCUCUCAACACAGAUGAGAUGAGGAGGAGGAGGGAAGAGGAAGGUCUGCAGCUCCGCAAACAGAAGAAGGAUGAACAACUUUUUAAAAGGAGAAACGUUGCCACUGUGGAGGACGAUGGAGCCCUGGAGGAUGAUGGGAUGGCCGACAGCGGCUACCUGGAAUCACAGGCGAACAACCUGGACCCACUCAUGGGUGGGGUCAUCUCUGAAGACAUGAUUCAGAUGAUCUUCUCCAGUUCUCCAGAGCAGCAGCUAAUAGGCACUCAGCGCUUUAGGAAACUCCUUUCUAAAGAACCAAACCCACCCAUUGAUGAAGUUAUUGCUACUCCAGGGGUUGUGGAGCGAUUUGUUGAAUUUCUGAAGAGGAGAGAAAACUGCACACUGCAGUUCGAGGCUGCGUGGGUCUUGACCAACAUUGCUUCAGGUACAUCCCAUCAAACACGCGUUGUAAUCCAGGCAGGAGCCGUGCCCAUAUUCAUAGAGAUGCUCACCUCGGACUUUGAGGACGUACAGGAACAGGCAGUGUGGGCCUUGGGAAACAUAGCAGGUGACAGCACAGAAUGCAGAGACUUUGUCGUAGACUGUAAUAUUCUUCCCUCCCUGCUGCAAUUAUUGGCCAAACAAAAUCGUCUAACAAUGAUGAGGAAUGCAGUGUGGGCGCUAUCCAACCUGUGCAGAGGAAAGAACCCACCUCCAGACUUUGCUAAGGUGUCCCCGUGUCUCAGCGUGCUUUCCUGGCUGCUGUUUGUUAACGACACAGACAUCCUUGCUGAUGCAUGCUGGGCACUCUCUUACCUUUCUGAUGGCCCCAAUGACAAGAUCCAGGCUGUUAUCGACUCAGGAGUCUGUCGAAGGCUAGUCGAACUGCUGAUGCACUCUGAUUACAAGGUGGUGUCUCCUGCACUGAGAGCCGUUGGAAACAUAGUCACUGGAGAUGAUCUGCAGACACAAGUGAUUCUGAACUGUUCGGCACUGCAGUCUUUACUUCACCUGCUGAGCAGCCCCAAGGAGUCUAUUAAGAAGGAAGCUUGUUGGACGAUCUCCAACAUCACUGCGGGGAAUCGAGCACAAAUACAGAUGGUGAUAGAUGCGGGUCUGAUGCCUCCUCUCAUCAGUAUUCUGCAAGUAGCUGAGUUUCGCACAAGGAAGGAGGCAGCGUGGGCUAUUACCAACGCCACCUCCGGCGGCUCUGCAGAGCAAAUAAGGCAUCUAGUGGAACUCGGUUGUAUAAAACCGCUGUGUGACCUUCUCACACUGAUGGAUUCCAAAAUAGUCCAAGUGGCUCUAAAUGGUCUAGAAAACAUCCUGCGACUGGGAGAGCUGGAGGCCAAGAGAGGAGGAGGCAUUAACCCCUACUGUGCUCUCAUUGAAGAGGCCUAUGGCCUGGACAAACUGGAGUUCCUGCAGGGUCACGAGAACCAGGAAAUCUACCAGAAAGCUUUUGACCUGAUCGAGCGCUACUUCAACACCGAAGACGAGGACCCUUCGCUGGCUCCGGCCGUCGACCUGCAGCAGCAGCAGUUCCUCUUCCAGCAGUGCGAGGCUCCGAUKGAAGRCUUCMAGCUAUAA